AUUUCAAUUUGAAUAUAGGUUAGGUUAAAAAUGAGAGGAACAAGUUUUUUAUUUUUUCUUUUAAUUAUUACAUAUAUUAAUAUAUCUAACGGUAAAAAGUCGAAAGAUAAACCGGAAUGGGCUAAAAAGGAUAUUAGGGACUUCUCGGAUGCUGAUAUGGAGAGAUUAUUCGAUCAAUGGGAGGAGGAUGAAGAACCGCUUGAAGAUGAUGAAUUACCCGAACACUUACGUCCAGCCCCACAAAUAGAUAUGUCUAAAUUAAACAUGGAAAAUCCUGAAGAGUUAUUACAAAUGACCAAAAAAGGGAGAACUUUAAUGACUUUCGUAAGCGUUUCGGGGAAUCCGACGAAAGAUGAAACUGAGGAGUUAACCAAAUUGUGGCAAACAAGUCUUUGGAAUAAUCAUAUUCAAGCUGAAAGGUACUUAGUUGAUGAUAAUCGGGCAAUUUUUCUUUUUAAAGAUGGUGCGCAAGCUUGGGAAGCAAAAAACUAUUUAGUAGACCAGGAGAAAUGUGAAAGCGUUACUAUAGAAAGUAAAGUUUAUCACGGAAAAUUCUCAGAUAAAAAAGACGAGUUAUAAAAAAAGAUUAUAUUUUCAUUCCUUUUUCCAAAUAAAAAUUAAUUAAAUUUAA